GUACUGAGCUAACCAUACAACGCAGCGGCUCAUGCAGUACCAGUGCUAGUACUAUACGACGCGUUAGCGGUGCGCGUCGCGAUCGCGGGAUAGCGUUCUUUUUCUGAUGCACGGUACAAGCGGAUGCCAUGAGAUGAUGCAGGUAGCGGCCGAGCCUGCCGCGAACCGUGAGAGCGGAUGCCAUGAUACGCGGCCGUGUCCCCUCAGUGACGUCUUUCAAACGACGAGCGAAGGCGUCACUAGACUCAGCGACGGAAAACUAAAGGCUCGCGUGCAGAAGCCUCGUAGCCCAGCAUCCCCGGCGUUGCCCGGGAAGUUGACUCAGAAGCUGUCGCCUCGCGGCAGCGUGCCGUUUCGCCUGCUACUGUUACCGUUACUCGUGCUUCUGCUGUUCGUCGCUGCGUGCUUGGUCUCCCAGGGGGUUUCCACCUUUCAUAUCUCGAGAAUCCGAGUCGCCGGUUUUAGCAUUUCUCCGAUCCGUGCACUCCGGAAACUCGCCGAUUAUGACCAUAACGAGGAUAAAAAACCGAUGUUUAGUAGCCUGUCGGAAUAUGGUAAAUCGGCGCGCAUACAGACCGCAAUCAGCGUCAAUGACACCCGUAGCACGUCCAGCUUGCCUCCCGCUACUACUUCAACUCGCCGGCCAUUGCCGAAUUCCCUUUCCAUACAGUCACGCGACUCACGACUCAAGCCCUCACAGCCAGCAGCUGAACGAAUCAGGAACAGACACGUGGCGGAGCGGUUUUACAUGGUAACCGGAGGCGGCGACUACUGCACGGGCGAGUCGCACUGGGUGUGGAGCUUCCUGUGCGGCGCGGCGGAGGCUAAGGCUCUCAAUCGGACGCUGGUGGUGCCGGCGCGUAGAUGCAUCAGCGCGGCGCAUUCGCUGACAGGGAAGAAGGAGGAGAAGCCAAUGGGGCUAUACUACAACAUGGGGCACAUGAUGAGCCGCCAGCCGAUGAUGUAUGAGACCGAGUUCAAGCAGCGGUUCGGGUCAAUGGAUCCAGAGAAGCUUCAGGGCACGGGCAGCACGGGUAGCACGGGCAGCAUGAGUGUGGAGGAGUUCAAGGUGUGGGGGGCGACGGAGUGGGUGAGGGAGCGCACGAGGGAUGUCACCCUGGUGGUGCGGCGGCUCAGGGAGGAGCAGUUCGCGUACCAGAUCUGCGGCGUGCCCGAGAAUAAGGGCGAGGAAGAGAGGAGGAGAAGGGGGAGAGGGGGGAAGAUGGGAGAUUGGGAGGAGAAGGUGGAGAGGGAGGGUAAGUUGGAGGAGGAGGAGUUGGAGGAGGAGGAGGAGGAGGAGGAGGAGGAGGAGGAGGAGGAGGAGGAGGAGGAGGAGGAGGAGGAGGAGGAGGAGGAGGAGGAGGAGGAGGAGGAGGAGGAGGAGGAGGAGGAGGAGGAGGAGGAGGAGAGGAGGAGGAGGAGGAGGAGGAGGAGGAGGAGGAGGAGGAGGAGGAGGAGGAGGAGGAGGAGGAGGAGGAGGAGGAGGAGGAGGAGGAGGAGGAGGAGGAGGAGGAGGAGGAGCAGUGGGGUCAUUCAUUGGCAUGUGGCAAGUGGUGAUCCGUGCUGGUGUGAGGUGCUAAAGCGGGACCACUCCCUGCUGUGGCGGCCACCAGCGCUGAGCAAGCUGUCGAGCAACAUCUCGGCGUCCAUGGGGUGGGACUAUGAUGCCGUGCACGUGAGGCGGGGGGACAAGGUCAAGCCGUCCAACCGCCGCUACUGGCCCAACCUUGACCAAGACACCCAGCCUCAUGCUCUCAAAAAGACUCUUCCCAAGUUCAUCCAGCCGGGGCGCCACGUGUACAUAGCGUCGAACGAGCGCACUCCGGGGUUCUUCAGCCCGCUCGCCUCGCUCUACAAGAUCCACGUGCUCUCCGACUACCGCCACCUCUGGGGACCGGGCAGCCAGUUUCGGAGGGAUUUUAGGACCCUCCUCCGUUCCUUGAACGAGACUACAAUUAAGCCAGAAAUGGAUGCGUACAUGGAGUGGAUCGUGGAAGCAACCGUCAUUGCGAAUGCCAAGAAGAGAGUCGAGACCUUCAAUGACCUGACAAACGAUAGCAAGAAUGCAAUGAUUCGCCACAACACCACUGAAGCAAGCUCAUAGUGAGCCAUACUAUGCAUAUUGUUGAAUGAAAAUGUUAUGUUUUUAGGGGGUUUAGUAGACGUAGUACAUGAACAGAGUGUUCAGUUGAGGGGUUGCCAAUCAGUAUGGGUUUUGAAGACUGCCAUCAUGUUA